UUAAGUGAGACUGGAACCCACUCAUUCUGAACCUCUCUCGAGCUCUCACACACAAAGCGCUCUCUCGAACCCUAACUCUCACAAAACACUCGUGAUUUCUCCCACUCCUUCACAGAGCACUUGCAAUUUCUCCUUCUCCCUCCCAUUGGCAGCCUCACAGAUCACUCGCGAGUCCACUGAUCAUUUCUCCUUCUCCCUCUCGUUUGUUCUUCGAUUUCUACCGAUUAAACCUCGAGUCUCGCCGUUUAAAUAUUUUGUACCGAUCAAUCUUGCGUUUGAACUGAUUAAUCGGUUCAUAUUGAGUUUUUCUCCGGGUUCCUUUGGUCCUGAUUAGGGUUCAUCCUCAAUUUUAGAGUUUUUCCCCAAUCGUUUUAGCUUUUAUUCGUUCGUUUAGGGUUUUCUAACAUUUUCUUCCGUUCAUUCUCGAUUUCACCCUCGAUCUCGAGUUCGUCUCGUUAUUCUACUGUGUUUGCUCAUCAAGGAAGUUUCGAAGGAGUUCGAGCCGAUUACUCUCUCUUCUGGUCAUCUUCUUGGAAGCUCUUCCAUCGAGUGGUAUUCAGACCAAGGACGAGCACGCUACAUGAGUUAAGUAUUGCUUUCCUUAUUUCUAUUAAUUUUUCUUGAAUUGAUUCUAGUUGAUUGUUCUCUGUUUUGAGUUUUGCAUAUCUGCUUAUUGAGUUUUCUUCAAUUUUUUGGCGUUGUUAAUUUUACUUUUCCUUUGAUGUAUUGAUAUGUUGUAAGCUGCGUUUUGUUUUCAAUCAUUGCUGUCUUGAGUUCUAUUUUGUGAUUUUGCUCAUAAAUUGUUUGUUUAAAUGUCUAAGAGAGCUAAUCUGAAAAUGUUCAUUCUUGAAUCAAGCCUAGCAUUCACGUUCCUCUUUUCAUUUCUUCUUCCUUGCCUAGAAGCCAUCAAAUCCUAAGAAUCCAUUGUGCAAUGGGAGGUGAGAGGAAGCAAUUAUGUUUGGAGAGAAAUGGAAUUAUCAGAGUUAAGAAGGGAAUGAGUGGGAGAAGAAGUGGAAAUCACAAAAAGGAAAGGUAAUAAGAGUCUCAGGAGCUAACGAAAAUAGGAGAGGAAAACAAAGGCCAAGGUAUGGGGGAGUUAAAUUGCUUUUGAUCUUGUAUCUUGUUGUUCUAUGAAUUGUAAUGGUGUCUUUGGAUUCUGGAAUUUAUAUAAUAUAGUUGAUAUUAACUAAAAUAUGUGUAUGAAUGUAUUUAUUCUGAGAAAUAGAUGUGUAUGGGUGUUUUUAUCUUCGCUUGGGCUGUAGUGACAUGUAUGAGUCUGAAAAAGUAAGUAUAUGAUGUAUGCUCUGUUUUGGUAAUGAAAUAUUAGAAUGGGUUUCCUUGAUGGGAUGUCAAGGAUAAAGGAGUGUAUAUGUUUGAUCUGAAUUAGUUAGAUUGGGGAUUCCUACCAAACCAAUGAGCUAUGUUGAUCUCGGUUGGAGUAAUUGAUAAUAUGUUUAUUUAAGUAUUGUGCCUUGAUAUUUGAUAGUUCAGAUUUAAGUGUAAUGAAAUAAUGAUAGAUAUUGAAAUAUGGUGUGUGAGUGUUCAGAAAUGAGAAAGUCUGUUGCAUGUAUCAAGUGUACAAACUGGUUUUAAAAGUUGUUUUAGCAUAACUAUGGUGCAGUUACUGUUUUAAAAAGUGUGUUUUAGUAAAUUACAGUGGCUGAAACUUGUUGAAUAGUAUUUUAUUUAACUUUUAGAAUCCUGAAAUUUUUCUGGUUGUGGUUUGCUAUGUAUACUAUCUUAAAAUUCUGCAUAAACUGCAUAAGAAAAAAAAAGUCUUCCUGCAAAUAAAAAUCAAGUUAUAUAUAGACUUAUUUGAUGAGUUAAUAUAUCAGUAAAGAGAGAAGUUUCGGGUUUUUUUCUCCAAGGAGUGGUAUCAGGCUUUGCAUCUUUCUUCUAGAAACUUCUUCAGCGAGGUUUUCAAUGCUACUCAUGUCCUUUCAUGUUAAUUCUGUUCGUAGUUCUAAAUUGGUGUGGUGAUUUUAUUUCUUGACUAUCCUUGACAUUGUGGGAAAUUGCAGUUGAUGAGACUGUAGUAUUGGAGUUUAGGUUUUGGAUUAACUUCGCUCAACAAAAUUGUGGUGACUCAGUGUUCUCUCCCACUUAUAUAAUUUUCGGAGUUGAGUUUAUAUUCAAUAAGCCCCUCAUGUUUGUUACUAUUAGGAUCAGUGCAUGAAUACUGUCAUAGGUGAUUUAUUAAUGGAUUUAAGAUAAACUCUGAUUCUGUAUCAGCAUUCGGGUAUGGUCUAAUUAAAUCUUAUGAAACCAGUUGAUUGCGAGAUGAGAGUUUUUCUUAAUUUAUUUACUCGUUUUUGGACUUAUCACUGGUCAAUUUCGAGAUUUAGAUUUUUAUUUAACAUGGCGAUGAGGUUGUGGAGCGGUGAGACAAACAACCUUUCUGUCAUUGUAGACCAUAAUUUUAAACCAUGAAUUUCGGUGUCUUGCUUGUUAAUUCACAAAAUAUCGUUAUCUCUUUCACAACUUGUAUAACCUUAAUAUUGUAUGACGUCUACCUGCACUGCUGAAUAAUGUACUCAAAAGAGUUCUCGUACAUUUAAAUAUGAAGUUGUCCCAACUUCAGGCUUUGCUAGAUGAGAAAGAAGCACAGUUACGUCAAUUUAGAAGUAUGGAUGAGAGUACUGGUUCACAACAUGAAGAAACUGCUCAUAUUAGAAGGAGACAUUUUUGGGGCACACCAGUCCAAUCACUCGAUGCCGCUUCUCUGCAUCUGGAAACAAUAUUGCCAGUGUUUCUCUGGAUGGAACUGUCAGGUGAGAUUUGGAAAACUUAUGAUGAUGUUUUCUUCAUUAUAAUACAGAUUUCUAAUGAAGAGGUUAAGCAUGGAUUAAGUGUAAAACUGCACCAGAAAUUAUUGAAUUCUCUGUUUUAAUAGCUCCAAGAAUUAUACAAGAAGACGGUGGUGAUCUUUCUUGAGAGAGAUUCAAGGGAGAAGUCAAGUACACUGACUGCUUGAUCAUAAUCUGCACGAGGAAGGUGCUUCUUGAUUGAUCUUUGAAGACUUGGAUUCCUGUGAAGACUACUGUGUUGAUUGAAGGCUUGGCAACCUGUGAAGUCUGCUGUGAUAGG